AUGCCUCCGAAAAAGAAAGUUAGAACUCAAUCUGUCGGCGAUAAAAACGAACAGCAAAACAAUUUGAUUUGGUCUGAUGAUGAAGUUGAGAUUCUUCUCGGUGUUGUGCAAGCAUAUGCUUCGGGAAAAGAAUUCGGAGGCGUUGAAUGGGAGAGUGUUAAGAGCAAGUACGAAGACAUCAGAUUAGCAUUCGUUAGCUUCUAUGAUCAGAAAGAGCUUAAAGAACAUGCUACCAAUUUAUUUACACGAGAAAGAAUUGCUAGCAAAGUCAAGGACUUGAGAAAGAAAUAUAAAAAAGCUGUAGACUCGGGAAGGCGAAGCGGUGGUGGCCGAACAGUGGCAACUUUCUACGACAUUUGCAACAGUAUUUGGAGUGGAAGCCCAGCCACAACAAGUCUGGAACAUGGAGUUGACAGCACUGAAGGUUUUAAAGCUGAACCUAGUUGUGGUGGUGAGAAAGGUGCUGAUGGGCAGAUCUCUUUACAAGAUUUGAAGUCACCUGUGGACAAACAAGUUGCAGAACAACAGUUGAUGGGUGGGCAAGAACAUAUUUCUCUUCACGAAACUUCUAAAAAUUAUAUUGAUGCAAAUGAUGAAAUUCAAGUUGAAGAGGCAAAUGUUAAUAGUUCUGGCAGGAAAAGUUUCAUUUAA